AUGUCCCUCUUCGGCUCCGUCGGCGCGUCGACGACGGCGGGUCAAACCAACACCACCGGUGACAUCUCCAAGGACGUCGCGCUCAACCAGCCGCCGGAGGAUAGUAUCUCGGAUCUUCGGUUUUCGCCCGCAAGCGAACAUUUGGCUGUGGCCUCGUGGGAUAAAAAGGUCCGCAUCUACGAAAUCAACGACCAGGGGCAAAGUGAAGGAAAGGCAAUCUUUGAACAUGAAGCACCAGUCUUGAACUGUUGUUGGUCUCCGGAUGGAACCAAAGUAGUUGGAGCGGGUGCCGACAAAGCGGCACGUAUGUUGGACCUCGGAUCGAACUCGACAACCGCCGUGCAAGUCGCUGCCCACGAUGCUCCGAUUCGGAGCUGCCACAUGAUCCCUAACCCGUCGGCAGGCGGGUCCCCGUUGCUGGUGACGGGCUCGUGGGACAAGACAGUCAAAUACUGGGAUCUGCGACAAUCGAACCCGAUCGCGCAGAUUGAGUGCCAGGAGCGCGUGUACACAAUGGACGUCAAGGACAAGCUGCUGGUCAUCGGGACGGCGGACCGGUACAUUAACAUCGUCAACCUUGACAACCCGACCAAAUUCUACAAGACUAUGCAAUCUCCGCUCAAGUGGCAAACACGGGUCGUCAGCUGCUUUGCCGACGCCUCGGGCUUCGCUGUUGGCAGUAUCGAGGGCCGUUGCGCUAUCCAGUACGUCGAAGAGCGAGACUCUCCCUCGAAUUUCUCAUUCAAGUGCCACCGCGAGAAUCCGCCCAAUAACCGCGAACUUUGCAACAUCUACUCCGUCAACGCCAUCAGUUUCCACCCUAUCCACGGCACCUUCAGUACCUCCGGUAGUGACGGGACUUUCCACUUCUGGGACAAGGACGCCAAGCACCGCCUCAAGGGCUACCCAGCCGUCGGUGGUCCCAUCACCAGCACCGCCUUCAGCCGCAACGGAAACAUCUUUGCCUACUCCGUCUGCUACGACUGGAGCAAGGGUUACUCCGCCAAUAAUCAGCAGAUGCCCAACAAGGUCAUGCUGCAUCCGGUCGGGCCUGAAGAAACCAAGCCGAGACCCGGCCCCAGGAAGCGGUGA